ACGGAGGUCGGAGGUGCCAAGCGCCGACAUGGCCAAUGGAUCCAAUCAGUCAAUGUGAGGACUACGUAUAUCAUUCAGUUUGGGGGAGAUGAAAAACCUGCCACCAGACCAUGAGGUGUCCUAUGUGGCGUUGUGGCAUUGUGGCAUUUCUUGUUAUGAUCCUCCUGCCUUGUGUUUGGAGUGCGCAAUGCACGAUGGCUGGGAGAUCAAUCUCACCAACACGCCUCAAUGAGUCUACGUGUCUAUGCGGAAUACGGGGGCCUGCUCGGAGCCGGAGAGAGGCGUACAUUGCGUCCUCAAGGCUACUAACCUUUUUGGCGACAUGGAGAAAAUCUGGGUAGGUCAGGUACAAACGUCAUAUGGAAGACCUUCGCCACGGGAAAGGUCACGCACUACUCUAGUAAUGUUGCUCCAGACAUCACGCGCUUCUUUCGCGAACAC